CACAAAAAUAAAAACUUACCACGUGAUCCUAUUUUUGGUCAUUGCCAUAUAAGACGUUUUCGGCCUUGGCUCAUUUUUUGACGUUGACUUUUUUUUUGAGAUUGCAAUUCCAUGGUCGAACCUCCAAAUGACCCUGACGCUGGCUGUAAACUGCUGGAUGGGUUCGCUAUCAUCAUACAAAUACUACUUGCUUCAAGUGCCCUCGCAACACUAGUCGUCAAAAGGGCCAGGGAAAGACCGCAGCGGCCAGUUAAUAUAUGGCUUUUGGAUGUUGGAAAGCAAUUUUCGGGUGCCAUUGUCAUCCAUGGUCUCAACCUGCUUGUAUCAUAUUCCCGCGGCCGACCGCAUCAUGGCGGACCCUCCAACCUCUGCGUUUGGUAUUUCUUAAACGUUGGUGUCGAUACCACCGUGGGAGUGUGGAUUCUUUGGGUCAUAUUGCGAUCGCUGCAGUGGUCACUUAUGCGAGUGGGAGUCACAGGCAUUCGCACAGGUGACUAUGGCACCCCUCCGUCCAUUCUCAAUUGGAUCAAACAGACGAUUAUUUUCAUAUGCUCACUGGUCGGCAUGAAGAGCUGUGUUUACGGCCUGUUUCGUCUUUGCCCUUGGCUAUUCGACUUUGGAAAAUGGGUCCUGAGCUGGACUCGUGACAACUAUAGAACUCAAGUCGUUUUUGUCAUGUUAAUGUGAGUGCCCUUUGUGACAGCGUUUUUUUAAUUCCCUCAUACCAGCCAUUGAGC